AAACCUUUGAAAUAACUGACACUGAUUUAUGUCAAGCAGGAUUUUUUUGUAUUUUUUUGAACUAUGUUCUUCCUUCAUCAAAUUGUGGCACAUUAAAGUUAAAAAAUGAGUGGAGAGUGUUAUGCCAUAAAUGUGGAAGUUGGCACACCGCUAAAAGGUAAUAAAGUGAUGGAAGCAAAUUGUCCCGAGUUGAUUCAAGACGGCAAUAAAAAUAUCAACCAACUUUUGGAAUAUGAGACAAUGGUUUCGUCGGCUGAAAAUAAAUGCAACCAGUUGAAGAGCCAGCUUGAGCGCAUCAAACAGUACUACAGCAGUCAAUCCGAGGCCAAAUUUCCACUCUCUUUAGAUUCAAAAAAGAAGCUUUCUGUUAAAGCCAAAGCAACAAAAAUGAUCAGACAGAACUCCAACGCAAUCAGCACCGACAGAACCGGUGCUGCUUUGGGAACAAUCAACAACAUCUUAACUGGAAUUACCAAAUCAAUGCAAGUUCCUGAUUUGCUCCCGAAAGCAAAAAUUUCCGAAGUCCAAAGCUGCAGUAAAUUGGAACAAGUUUUCGGCGUUGACGAGGUUACAAUCAACACUAAAUCGAAACAAUCAAUUCAACUCAAACCAAGAGGGAAAAUAAAGAGCAAAGCAAAAGUUGCGUCAAUUAGUUCUUCACGGAACUUCAAAAAAAUGAGGAAAGCAACGACCAGUCUUCCCGAUAAACGGCACACCAAAAGCAGCGAAAGUCAAAUCCUUAAAGUGGCACCUGCUAUAAAUAAGCGGGCACGAAAAGUGGCAACUAAACCGAAAGUUUUUGAAGCACCUAGAAAGUCACUGGUUCCCAGCAUUGUCAAACAUAGUGCGAGAAAUCCGGAUUUGGUUGAAAUAUAUCACAAUAAUGCUGUUAAACAAACCAAGUCAAGUGAUAGUGACAUUAAUAAGAAGAAACCUAAAGUUGAGCCAGAUGUUGAGGUGGUUCCGCCCUUAAAUAUUGGUGAAAAUGAUAACCAAGUUGAUCAGAACAAGGGUGUGGUAAGCAUUUAUAAAAACUACACCUUGCCUACCAUUUCUUCAAGAAUGAAGCAAGCAGCAAAGUACUACAUGCACUCGUUCAAUAUUAAAACUAUACCGUUUUGUCUUUCCACUUCGACAAGUCCUAGCCACAAUAUUGGGAUUAAUAUUCAACAAGUGAUGAGUAUGGUGAAAACUAAACAACCAGUCGGGAAAUUAUCACCAACUCUUGCCUAUAACAUUGGUUUGGCUGCGGGAAAAUGGGAAGAUAAUCCUUUAUCGAUUUUGGGUUCGACUGUGACAACUAAAGCGUUUCCAUCACAGUGUCCCCUUUCUCGAAGUACGGUCAACUACCAACACCUUCAAGAGAUUGCAAAAACUAUACCACAAGACAUAAUUGAAGAAAAUGAAGAAGUUGAAGACGAAGUUUCGCCUGAAACUCGCUCAAUGAUUAUUACAGGCCCAUCGGGUGAUGUAAAAGUAAUCAAUAAGAAACAGACUAUUUGGAGCGCUACUUCUGAAGAGAAAAGAUGCACUUGUGUGGUCCCCAAAGGAACGGGGUUUCAACAAAUCGUCAACAAAUUUAAUGGAAUUUCUACAAAACCCAAAAACACUAGUGCGUCAGUUAUUAAAAUGAAAGAAAGAAAAUCGGAACAAAUUGGUUCUGGUGAAGCACCUCUCCAAACCGAUUUCAUGCCUUUGCACAACAAGGAGAGGAAAUUUAAGGAAGUUUUGGGUAAAUUACACGACGAGUUUGAGAAUAUGACAAGGACUUAUGAUGAGUUGGUGAAAAGGAAUGAAGAAGGUAAAGCAACACCUGAAUGUCUCCAACAACUCGAAAAGUUGGACAAUGAACUUAACAGUAAAGAAGAAGAAAUCGUGAUGGUCAUGACGUUGUACAAAGAGGUGCUGGCUUUGAAGCAACAAGUGAAAACUCUGAAAGAACGUGCAAGUAAGGAAAGUGUUUCCAUACAUAGCCAGGUUCCGAAAAUUGGUGGCAAAAAUAUGGAAACUGCGGGACUCUUGAAUAAACUUCUGCAGAGGCUUCACUAUUACCAGUCGCAUUACAAAAAAACAUAAAUUUGUAACGAGAAAUCGUGUGUCAGUGUUGUACUCUUACAACAGAUAAAUAAAGAAUGGC